AUGUCCAACGACUCGCAAUCACCUGAAGAGGUCACCGGACCAGCUGCAUUCUGGAUCCUCGCCUCUCUAGCAUCAGCAGCAGUUGCACAACCAUCCGGCAAUCGAAGAAAGGACAAUGAUCUCUUCGGAGGCAGCAUCGACAUUGUUCGCUCCAUACCUGCUGUCUGUUUCAUUGAUUCGCUUUUUGACUUGUUUGUGCUGGGCGGAGCUAUUUCGAGAUAUUUCUCGUCACGCAAUUCAACCCAGCAGACUCGUCGCAACUCACCAAAACCGAUUGGUCUAGUCGUCAGAUUGGCCUUGACAAUAUUUACAGUCCUGCCCCAGACCAUCAAAGUCUUUAGUCUCAAGGGCGUUCCUGCGACACAGAUUUGUGCCUUUGCAUUCUUUUUCGCUACCAUUACCAAACUCCUGGUAUCUAUUUGUGGAUUAGAGCCAGAAGGGACUUCUGAAGAGAAAAAUGAUUCCACAUCCAUCGAUGUGCUAUUGGCGUCAAUAAUUCAAGCACCAUUUGAAUUCUGGAUAUGGUUCAAUAUCAGCCGAGCAGCCUCUUUCCAACUUCCCACUCAGUUGGACAAUUUUUGCGAAUGGGCCUUGACUGUUGUUACCUUCUCCAUGGUACUACAGGCCAUUAUAUGGAUUGCGUAUCUUGUCGCGCGGCGGCGCCCAGACCUCUCAAGGACGCUGUAUAUAGUCCCGAUGCGAGGCUUUUACUUGGCCAUGGUUGUCCUUGGGGUCUCUAGACAUCCUUCUCCGAAGAAAGCAUCGCAAGCGACCAUCAAGCCGCCACCAAGGUGGAUGGACGUGUUCAAGCAUAGCACGGGUCUAAUCGUCUGCACCGCGAUUGUCAGCAUAGCUAUUGCUAAGCUUUUGGAGACGAUCGGAACUUUUCUAGCGCUUUUAUGGUCUCCUGAUGGCUCGGAAGAUGAACAAAACGUGCAAUUGGAUGGGCAAUCCACCUCGGGUGAAGAUACUGCCCAAGAGCAGGAUGAGACCAAGGAGCAGCUAUUUGCAGGCCACCCCGGAGCAUGGCUGGGAAGGAUAGGCGUUGUUCCAGACCAAUGGGUUAUGCGGGGUCUUACAUUGAACACGACAGCCAGUACGAGCAUCACGCUGACAGUAUUCAACCUUAUCACUACUGCCUUCUACUAUCUCGUGUACUUUGAUGGGACUGGAACAGCCAAUCCCAGCUGGACCGGUGUCUUAGGGUAG